AUGCCGAUUUCCGUCGAUAUUAUGUAUUCUGAUGUGAUAGCCACAAUCGACGAUGGAAUCAAUGAAAAAGUGACAUUGACAGACGAUACUGACGUGUCGAAUAAGGUGAAAGAGUACUUGGACGAGAAGUAUGUGAAAAGGAGUGAUGUGGAAUUGGAGCACAUUUCGAUUCUGUUGCUCUCCUACACCAAUCCACCUCAACUUCCAUUCUCUCUGCCAUGCAAGAGCUGGAAUAUCAGAUGUGAAUCGCAUACUCCAUACGUCAUCAAUCUUCUAAAUUCCAUCCCAUUAAACUGUGAUUUACUGAAAAUCGAAGUGGAUAAUUUAGGAUUUGGAGAAAUAGCAGAUAUGGAACAAGUAAGAACUGCGAAGAUGUUGUCACUGAAGAUGACAGAUCAGUUGAUGGAAUUCGGGAUUUCAGGGGAGCAAUUUGAGAAGUUCAAAGCGGAAAAGGUAUAUUUGAAUGGACAUGACUAUUAUCAUCCUUAA